AUGUGGACCCAGGUCAGCGCUCUGCUGCUCCCGCUCGCCUGCUGCCUUUGGUCAGCCGAGGCUCAGACUGCGAACAGACAAAGCAUCUGGAACGAUCCCAUUCAAUUCAACACCAAGGCCAAGGACCAGUGCACCAUGACCAUCACGGGUCAGGGGGAAUACACACGGCUGAGGCUGAUGUGCCAGAGCCGGCAGCGCUCCUACUGGUGCGAGUACAUUGGACGGCCUCACACCUGCGGCAGCUACAACAAGAACCCUCGCCAUUACUUCGUGCAGAUGAUGUGGGGCCUCAGAAAGCUGCACAACGCCUGCCUGGGGCCGAGGCAGAUCAAACCCCACAUGUGCAGGAAGGCAGGCGAUGAGACUCAAAUGGUCUUCUCAACCGGUUCCUUCUCCAGAACAUCACCGGAGGCUCCAACGAGGGCAAAACCAGCCGCACAGCCUGCCAGACCUCAACCUCGCCCUCGGCCAACAAGACCCGAUUCUGCAAGGCAACCCAAGGCAAAGCCCACAGCGAGUACCAAUUCACAACCUGUGACGCCACCUGUGGAGAGCAACGCUAAGAGGCUGGCUCAGCAGUACUGCUGGAGGUCGCUUCGAGGCAUCUGCUCCUACUUUAUUGGCUUGGUUCGGAAAAACUGAGGAAGAUUUACAAUGAAGAUAACUUCAACUGUCUGAUUAUACCAGCCAUCAUUGGAGGGAAAACCCGAGCAGCAGUCUGGUAGAAAUUGUGGAA